AUGGAAAAUGUAUACAACGUUUACGCAGAUUUUAUUGAUAAACAAAUUGUUAUUAAACAAUAUGAUGAUACUACACUUACAGGUACACUGAUUUCAGUGGAUGGCUACUUAAAUAUAUUUUUAAUAAAUGGUAAAUAUAAUGAUGAAAGUUUUACUUUUAAUUUUAAAUCUAUGUUUGUUAGGGGUAGUGUGGUUGAUUAUAUUUAUAUAGCAGAUAAAUAA